CUUCCAUUCCCAAAGACGCUCUACGCGUCAAGCGCGUAUCUACGACUCCGCCCCUUUCCCUCGCUUCCUCGCUAGGAAUCGCCUCAAUUCCACACUGGGAUGGCUGGGACGACGACCGAGCCACGGGGGCGACUAGGGGGCGACUGGGACGACUGGGACGAGGGAGCAACCAGGACGAGUGGGUCGAAGGGGACGACUGGGUCGACUGUGACGAGGGAGCGACUGGGUCGACUGGGACGAGGGAGCAAAGACGAUGCGAUGCGUCUCGUCAUAUUCGACCAAUUCGGCGACCUCGGUACUGGUGGUCAACUCGCAGCGCUUCAGUUCAGGCGGACAACGUCGACCUCAGUACUAGUGAACAACGUCGACCUCAGUCCGGGUGGACAGCGUCGACCUCAAUCCGGCCGAAUGACGUCGACCGCAGGCCAGGCGGACAACUUCGAUCUCAGUACUAGUGAACAACGUCCGCCUCAGUCCGUGCGGACCACAUCGACCUCAGUCCAGGCGGGAAACUCUAAGCGCCUCUUCGACCUCAUCCUUCGACCUCAAUCCAGUUGGAGGACGAUGGGCCCCGGCGACCUCAGUAGUGAACAACUUACCCCGCCUCCUCGCCAGCCACGGAUGUUGGAGGUUCGCCGAGCAAGCCACCGAGCACCCCUCCCGACCUCCCCAAUCUCGCAUGGCUUGAGCUCCCCAUCACCCCUCCCGACCUCCUCAAAUCGGCCGACUGGUGAGCAGCGCGCUCCUCCGAUGAUCAGCGCGCGCCGCUCCUUCGACGCGCGCGCCGCUCCUUCGACGGCCGGCUUGUGGUCUCUGGUGGACGAGUCUGACGAUGGUGUGGUGUGUGAGGGCAAGUCUGACAAUGGAUGGUCCGGCAGUCUGGUAGACGAGCCCGUCGAUGGUGUGGUGAACGAGUCCGUCGAUGAUGGUCUGGUGGACGAGUCCGACGAUGGUCAGCGCGCACCGCUCCUCGCUCUCUCCACCCGCGUCCUCCAACUCCGCUUUCUCCGCCCGCUCUCUCCGCCUCUACUCUCUCCGCCCACGUCCCCUCCGACUCCCCUCUCUCUGCCUUCAACCGCGUCCUUCCCCUCCCGCGCCCGCGUCCUCCGCCGCUCUGUCCUCCCGCGAAUGAAGACGCGCCCCGUCCGUCUCGAGCUGGAUGCGCCUCGUUCGUCGCGGACUGGACGGGCCGGGCGAGCUCUUUCCCUAGGAGUCAAGCGGGUUCUUUCCCCCUCGGGUCGGGCGAGCUCGUCCCCUCCAGUCGGGCGAGCUCUUCCACUCUGGAGUCAGGCGAGCGGUUCCACUUCGAGUCAGGCGGGCUCUUUCUCCCUCGACAGUCGGGCGAGCGCUUCCGCUUCGACAGAGGGCGGGCUCUCUCACCUCGAGUCAGGCGGGCUCUUUCCUCCUCGACAGCGGACGAAGCGCGCCUCCCUCGCCAGCGGACGACAAGCAACCUCGAAAGCGGACCAAGCGCGUCUCCAUCGACAGCGGACGAAGCGCACCUCUCGACAGCAGGCGGGCGAGAUCUUCGAAAGCAGGCGACGCCCCAGCUCUCGAGCGAAGCUCAUCGAGCCAGUUGCAGACGAAGCGCGCCUCCCUCGACAGCGGACGAUGUAGGACUGUCACGUUUGUGCCAGCCACGCUCGCCUGGACAGCCCCUCUCACUUGAGCAAG